CUCCUUUUUUCUACAAUUUUGUAUACUUUUGAAGUAAGUAAAUUUGGGUUAAAAACAAAAUGAAAAAAACCGAAACAAAAUCAAAAUUCAAAACCAGGAAGGAAGUGACAGAGUAGACAGAGACUCGCAGAGAGAGGGGGGGAGAGAGAGACAGAGAGAGAGAGCAGGGUUAUGAUGCUGCGACUAGACUCACUAUCUUCCUCAGUGGCUCUUCAAAGCCCGAGUCUCUGCGGUACCGGCUCGCUUUCUUCGCAGCGUUCGACCAGAACCACAAGCCUAACCUUCAAUGGCGCGGUGCGCUUUGCGCCGAACCCGUAUUUGGUCAGGAAGAAGAGACUCUCCUCUGUGAAAUGUCGCCAGUCGGAAUACUUCGACCAGCAGAGAUUCAUCACCGCUUCUGCUCCCAACAACUCUUCCUUCGAUUCAGAAACUCCUCCUGGAGCAGGUUCGUUGCCGCCGAGAUUUUUUGUUGGUCACUCAAUAUAUAAAGGAAAGGCAGCUCUUACGGUUGAGCCUAAAGCUCCCGAGUUCACACCUUUAGAUUCGGGAGCAUUCAAAGUAUCUAGGGAAGGUUUUGUACUGCUUCAAUUUGCUCCUGCUGCAGGUGUUCGACAAUAUGAUUGGAGCAGAAAGCAGGUGUUCUCAUUAUCAGUGACAGAGAUUGGAAAUUUAAUUAGCCUUGGUUCAAGGGAAUCAUGUGAAUUUUUUCAUGACCCUUUUAAGGGGAAAAGUGAUGAGGGUAAGGUCAGGAAGGUGUUGAAGGUGGAGCCUCUUCCAGAUGGUUCCGGCCGCUUCUUUAACCUCGGUGUUCAAAACAAGCUGAUUAAUGUGGAUGAGAGCAUUUAUAUUCCCAUCACCAGAGCAGAAUAUGCGGUUCUCACUUCAGCUUUCAAUUUUAUCUUGCCCUACCUUUUGGGUUGGCAUGCCUUUGCAAACUCCAUAAAACCUGAUGAUGCAAACAAUGUGAAUAGCACUAAUCGUAGGUAUCGUGGAGACUAUGAAUGGACACGGUAGAGAAAAUUGCAGGGUCACUAGAAACUGUAAUGCGAAAUGAUAAAAGUCUUGGUUAUAAGUUUCUUAGCCUUUUUGUAUUGUAUUUUCCUUUCUGGUGUAGAGAAAUUCACGCAAAAGUUUUGUCAUUAUUCUGUCUCUUUUGCUAUUUUGUUCUGGAAGAUGGAGGGGGAAGUGAAGUAGCGCCUUCAAACAUUAGUUUGAUUAUGUACUAAUUUACCAUAUUCACUCUAUGUAAUGGCUUCGAGGAACUUUUGGAUUAAAUAGUACAAAAAUUUUAAUUGCAAGUAUUUAUUUCAAUUCAA